AUGAUGUUUUCCAUCCCGCAAAUAGUCCUCAUGCUUACCGCAUCUGCCUCUAUUACUUCCGCCUAUACAAUUACAGCUUGUACAGAUGGGGGCUGCAGUGAAAAUUGCGUGGUCAUUAAUGGCGACGAUGUCGAUGGUACAGGCCCAUGCAACGACUUUGGAUUCGUUGCUAAUAGCAUUGAGUUGCUGAGUGACAACAACGUUCUGGAUGGGUGGGAUGAGGUCAGAGGAGGAUGCCUUGACGGACCGGCAAAUGAAGAUGCUUGGAUUGGAGAUGGGAAUCCAGAUAAUUAUUGCUAUGACUUAGCUAGUUCAGAGGGGGCUCAAAAUGGAAUCCGAUACUGGCUGGUCAACUCUAGUGGACAAUAAGAGAGUUCGGAUAGCUUGAUAUACUGGGUAUACCAGGGUGAUAACGCUGGAAGAAUGAGCGGG